GCUCUCUCUCUCCACCGCGUGUGACUCUGUGUUGUGUUUUGGACCAUUUUUUUGGUUGUGUAAUUUUUAUUCUCUCUUCCCUAGUGUCCCGCCGGGAGAGAAGGAAGUUGUUCUUUUGGCAGUUUGUGAUUUUCCCAACUUUAAUCAACUUUUCAUCAUCUAUGAGAAACUGACUAGAUGGAGAAGUCUCUAAAGAAACUCAUUUCAGAUGAUUCUGAAGUUCCAUCAGCAAAGACUUCUGGUACAGAGAGGAAUGCUUGGAAAAUUCACCUCGGAACAGCUGCACAUCAUGCAUCAACUGAUGCAAGCUUGUUUUCUAGCUCGCUGCCUGUUCUGCCACAUGCAAAAUUAAACUUCGCUGAAUCUGAGAACUACAGUCACUCCACUGAUGAUAGCUCACCUAGCUUAAACAGAUUUCAUUUAGAAGAUGAAAUUAAAGACCCACUGGAAGUGGAACCAAGUCCAGAUGGGUGUUUUCUCCCUGGGGAUGAAGAUGAGCUACUAGCAGGCCUAAUGGAUGAUUUUGAUCUUAGUGGGUUGCCAACUCAGCUGGAGGACUUGGAAGAUGAUUUUUUUGGCAGUGGCGGAGGACUAGAAUUGGAAUCUGACACUCUUGAUAAUUCACUUAAUGGAUUUGCAAAAUUAAGCAUGUCUGAUGGUAUUCUUGGAAGUAUUGUUGGACACCAUGUCUUCCCAAACAGUGCUGGAACUGUUACGGGAGAACACCCGUAUGGAGAGCAUCCUUCUAGGACACUGUUUGUUCGGAAUAUUAACAGCAAUGUAGAGGACUCCGAGCUGCGAUCUCUCUUUGAGCAAUAUGGUGAUAUCAGAACUUUGUACACUUCAUGCAAGCAUAGGGGCUUUGUGAUGAUAUCUUACUAUGAUAUCCGAGCUGCUCGAACCGCAAUGCGUAUGCUGCAACAUAAGCCUCUAAGAAGGAGAAAGCUAGACAUUCAUUUUUCAAUUCCUAAGGAAAAUCCAUCGGAGAAAGAUAUUAACCAAGGAACACUGGUCAUUUUCAACUUGGAUCCUUCAGUAUCCAAUGAGGAUCUCCUCCAAAUAUUUGGGGAUUAUGGGGAAGUGAAGGAGAUAAGGGAGACACCGCAUAAGCGCCAUCAUAAAUUCAUUGAGUUUUACGAUGUUAGAGCAGCUGAGGCUGCCCUCAAGGCUUUAAAUAGAAGUGACAUAGCUGGUAAGCGGAUCAAGCUUGAACCCAGCCGACCCGGUGGAGCCCGUCGAAGCUUGAUGCAGCAACUUAGUCAAGACUAUGAACAUGAAGAAGUUCGAACAUUUAGGCACUCAGUUGGUUCUCCAAUCGCCUCUCCUCCAGGCAGCUGGUCAAACUUUGGCAGUCCUGUUGAGCACAGCUCAUUGCUAGGUUAUAAUCAAUCACCUGAUAUGACAAAUCUCAGCCCUGUAAAUGGCAACCAUAUGCCAGGGCUGGCUGCUAUUCUUCCUGGCCAUUUUUCAAGUCCUAAGAUUGCACCCAUUGGUAAAGAUCCAGGACGAUUUGGUUCUCUGAAUCAUGCAAUUACUAGUCCCAAGUCAGUGCAAGGAAUGGGUUAUCAGCAAUCUUAUUCAGUUCCUGAGCAUAAACCACAUUUGAACUUUGGAUCUAUGUCGCUUGGUGAGCCUAAGUCAUCUGGGAUUGGGACACUUUCUGGCCCACAAUUUCUAUGGGGAAGCCCCCCUAUUCAGUCAGAGCGUACAGACUCUUCUGUCUGGUCAAAUUCAUCAUUGGCACAUCCAUUUACAUCAAAUGAGCAAGGGCAAGGCUAUCCAUAUUCCCGUCGACAGGGCUUGUUCCUCGGAUCACAUCAUGUGGGAUCUGCUCCAUCAGGAAUUCCUCUGGAUAGGCGUUUGGGUUUUUUCUCGGAGUCUCCUGAAACCUCAUAUAUGAACCAAGUUGCAUAUGGUAGUACAGGUUCUAGUCAUUGUCAUGGUAUGAGUAUAGGUCGCCUUGGGGCAAUGAACAUGGCUGGUUCUCUUGCUCGGAACUUUACUGAAGGUGGUUCUCCUAUCUCUAGAAUGAUCCCACUGCCUAGGAACGGGCCUAUAUUUUUCGGAAAUGGCUCAUACGGAGGAAUAGGAAUGACCAACAAUGAAGGGAUAACCGAACAAGUUCGAAGUCGAAGAGUUGAGAGUGGAAAUGAGAUAGACAACAAAAAACAAUAUCUGCUUGAUUUAAAGAAGAUCACGAGUGGAGAAGAUGCUAGGACUACUUUAAUGAUUAAAAACAUCCCAAACAAGUAUACCUCAAGGAUGCUACUCACAGCAAUUGACGAGACUCAUAAGAAUACAUAUGAUUUCCUCUACUUGCCUAUUGACUUCAAGAACAAAUGUAAUGUUGGUUAUGCCUUCAUUAACAUGGUGUCUCCUUCACAUAUCAUUUCCUUUUACGAGGUAUUCAAUGGGAAGAAGUGGGAAAAGUUCAACAGUGAAAAGGUUGCCUCCUUGGCUUAUGCGCGUAUCCAAGGGAAGGUAGCCCUGGUUGCUCAUUUCCAGAACUCAAGCCUAAUGAACGAAGACAAGCGGUGCCGGCCAAUUCUUUUCCAGUCAGAAGGUCAAGAAAGAGCUGACCAGGAACUGUUGCCAACCAACAAUCUGAACAUUUGUGUUCGUCUGCCUGAUGGAUCAUAUUCUGGAGAUUCUCUGGAUAGUCCAAAUAGUGAUCUAGAUGAGAAGCUCUACAUGCACUAAGAGAUCGGCUGACUCGUAACUAUGAUAAAUGGUGGCAAUGAGUUCUAACUGUGAAUAGGAAUAGUAGUACAUAAUAACGUAUUAAGUCGGACAUCCCAUAUAAUGUUGUGUCUGCUAGGCAGUGUCUUGCUUUUUGAUCAAACGACACUCCACAACAUGCGGAUGGCAAAAAUGUUACCGAAGCAGAGAGCAUUUUGUUUGUACCUUGAGUGAUGAUAAUUGAUGUUUUAUCCUAGGGGAGUUUGAUAAAGUGAAGCAUUCAGGCAACAUGUGAAGUCUCUCUGCUGUUGAUAAUGCUUUGCUGCUAUAAUUGUAUAGAACCUCUUUUUUUACUUGUUUGUUUGUCUUGUAUACUUGUGGUGGGUUUGUUUUACCACAUAGUAUACAUGUUUUUAGAGUGUAAUGGGACUGUCUCCAAGUGUUUAAUAUGGAAUACAGACCCUGCACUUUUUUAUGGAUUUCACUUCUUUGCUGACUUAAUGAAGACAACUGUUGUAAUUAUAACUUGAA